CUAAUGACGUCAUAUGUAAACAAAAUAUACAAUUGUUCUAUUUAAAUAAGAUGUAAAAAUGUCUUCCAAUGCAUCAGUGGCAUCAUCUGUUCAUAGAAAUAACAUAUUAGGCCCCGAGGAAACAGAUUUAUGGGAGUUGUGUUACUAUGGGGGAUUAACCGUCGACCCACAGGUGUUUAAGAUCCUACUUGACCUUCUACACAUGGACAUUCACCCCAAAGCUGUGUUAGAAGUCUUGAAGGAAGUAACUUCUCACUCGAAAUAUUCAAAACCUGCGGCAAAAGAUCCGAAAAUAAUACCAGAAAAAAAUUCAGACGAAAAAUUAAACUCUGUUGAAAAGAAAUCGAAACCGAACGUGGAAGUUUCGAAAUCGCAACCAAAGCCAAGAGUGACAUCUAGUGGUGAAAGUAAGAAUGUUAAAAAAGUUUCAUCGAAAGUUGGGGCAAGGUCGAGCGCAUCAGAGCAAAGAACGAAGAAAAAAUGAUUUUGUGAAAUUUAUUUGUUUUAAUGCUUCCAUUGUACGUUUGUUUCAUAGAUUUGUGAAAGAAAAUGCCCGCUGCAAUCAGGAUGUUUUGGUCGUCUUACACAAUGCCUUAUUUUCACUAUAACUACAUUUGUUUGUAAUGUUUUCUUGUGCUUCCAUUUCUUACAACACGGGAUCGAAAAUGUGCGCAACGAGUAUUGAAACUGGUCAUUAGUUCGAUCCAUUUUCGCAAUGCCUUCUAUUUGCCACUGUUAUAGUUUUAUAGAUGGUGAUACUGCGACCUGGUGUUUAUAAAAUUCAUUCGAAUAAAGGAAUCUUGUUCUUGUAAUAUAAAUAUUUUGUACGGUAUUUCUAG